GGCGGGGACGGUUUCACCAUGAGCGGGGCUCGGCGCGGGCCGCGGGGCCGGGACCCCGCGCAGGGGGAGCCGGGCAAGAAGCGGGGCAAACGGGCAGUGCGCGGGGAGUUCUCGGCGGCCAUCCGGGAGCCGGCGCUGAAGGAGAAGGCGGGGGCCGCCUGGGCCCGCAGGGAGCCGCUCGACCACGAGGCCAUGGCGGUGGAUCCUGCUCCCUUCUGCCACGGCGUGAUCCCCGGCUUCAUCCAGUGCCCGGGCUUCCUGGACGGGCUGCAGCGGGAGCUCCUGAGCCUGGAUUUCCACGAGAAGUGCAACGAUUUGUACAAGUUCAAACAGUCUGAUGAUCUGAAGAAGAGAAAAGAGCCUCACAUCUCGGCAUUAAGGAAAGUUCUGUUUGAAGAGUUCCGGGAGUGGCUGUCUGAAGUUACCCAGGUGGAGCUGGAACCAACCAUUGACUUGUCCUGUGCUAAGUAUGAGUAUACAGAUGCCCUGCUGUGCCAUGACGAUGAGCUGGAGGGACGGAGAAUUGCCUUCAUCCUGUACCUGGUUCCACCGUGGGAGAAGAGCGACGGGGGCACUCUGGACCUGUACAGCACAGAUGGCCACUUUCAGCCGCAGCAGGUCGUCAAGUCAUUAGUCCCUUCAUGGAAUUCCCUGGCCUUCUUCGAAGUGUCUCCUGUCUCUUUCCACCAGGUGUCUGAAGUUCUGACCGAAGGGAAGUGCCGCUUGUCUGUGAGUGGUUGGUUUCAUGGCCCGUCGGUGGCAAGGCCUCCCCGCUACAUUGAAUCCCUCUUGCCCCGGAGUCCACAUCUCCCAUACGAUCAUGAAAUCUUGUAUGAGUGGAUCAACCCAGCGUACUUGGACAUGGAUUCCCAAGCCCAGAUCCAGGAGGAAUUUGAGGAGCGAUCAGAGCUUCUCUUGAAGAACUUCCUUAAGGGGGAGAAAUUUCAGCUCGUGUGUGAAGCUCUGCAGAAAGAAGACAUCAAAUGGAGCCGCCGAGGACCCCCCAAUAAAAGAUGUUAUGAGAAGGCUGAGGAGGAGAGCCUUCCAGACGUCCUGAGGAAGUGCCUGGAGUUCUUCCACUCCGAGGCCUUGUUCCUGCUGCUCUCCAACUUCACAGGCCUAAAGCUGCACUUCCUGGCUUCCUCUGAUGAUGAGGAUGAGGAGGGAGAAGAAGGAGGAGCCGCAGAUUGCACUGGACACAGCUCUUCCAAACCCAAGCAAGGAGAAAGCAGUCAAAAGGCCAACGGCGAUGCUGACCAAGUAGAUCAGCUUGAAAAUGACCCCCAAACCAAAGAAAGUGACACACAGAACAGCUCAAGUGUCCCCAUGUGCUUGGGGGAGCUGAGGCACUGGACAAAUGGCCACUAUACUCUAGUCCAUGACACCCAAACCACAGAGUUUGCCCUGGACCUGCUGUUCUUCUGCGGCUGCGAAGAUUGGGAUGCAGAGUAUGGCGGCUUUACAUCCUACAUUGCCACGGGUGAAGAUGAAGAGCUGCUGACUGUGAAUCCAGAGAACAACUGCUUGGCCUUGGUUUACAGAGACAAAGAGACUUUGAAAUUUGUGAAGUAUGUUAACCAUCGUAGCUUGGAGCGUCCAAAAAAACAACAGAGCAGAGCUGGAUUCUGGGACUUCUCUUUUGUCUACUAUGAGUGACGGCACUGGGCAUGGUCAUCUUCUGAGGGAAUGGUUUAGUGAUACGGUAAUGGGUUUUGAAUAGGCUCCUGGACUGGCUUCUUAGUAGGUGCAUCUGCAAUGCAUGGAUCGGUUGGCGCCAUUUGAUGAGCCUAGAUUUGAUUUAGGCUGAGAGCUAACUUCACCUGACAGCAUACGAGCUGUCAUGCUGGUGCUGAAGUCCAAGUGACUUUUGUAGGGUUUUUUUUUUUUUUUUAAUAACUAACGGAAGCACUGUUCUGCUGUCCCAUCUUAACUCUUACUCACUCUCACAUUCUGGUGCUGCUCCACCAGAGGGAGUCUUACUUGGAUCCGUAACACUCCGUUCUUGAAUAGCUGCUUUGCAUAGCGUUCCAGCCCAGCUCUCCUGAAGAGCCAUGUAAUGAAUGUACAUCUUGCCAUGAUGCACAUCAAGACUUUAUGUAACCCCAGAUUGGUGACUGCUGUGAGCACUGCACACAUUUGUACUCCAAAGCCUUCAAUUGAUCAUCAGGAGGAAAGAACCAGGCUUUGUUCCAAACCAGGGCUUCCUGAAGUGCAAGCCAGAUCUCUUCUGGGGCCUGAUUGUUCCCUCUGCAGUGAGAAAUAGUACAUGCAAAGCGUGCUGCCACAUAACUGCUAUAUUGUCUAGGAGCUGGUGGGUAAAGGAGAGAAGCUUGUGAAAAUGUCUGCCAAAAACAUGGGUUGUUUUUUUCCCCAAUGAAAAAAGUGAAACCUUGUAUAUCUAGGAAGGGACGAGGGGGGGAGAGAUGAUAGUUGAGGGGUUAAAAUAAUGGGCGCUGGUGGAAAAAACAUAGUCAAGGGCCUAUCCACCCUUCUUGUCUCCUUGGCAAAUAUAGUAGGUGGGGUUGCCAUCCCCAGUGUGUCUUCUCACCACCACCCUUCAAGCUGUGGCCUAAUUCUAGCUGGGCAGUGGUGGGGUCUCCAUCACUCUGUAGCUGAAUACCUAAUUUUGCAUUCUGCGCAACUUAUUCCAUCUAGUCACCCCAGCCCGCUGGGCUUGCAGUAGGCUGGUUAAGACACUGGUUGCUCAGCCAUGACAGGAGCAGUACAUGCUUUUAAAAGCAGAUUGGCGUGACCUGCUGCUCCCACGCUAGGUGCAGUUCUGCCUUUGCUAGGAGUGCCACGUUGCGGAAGCCAUGAGGCAUCAUCAGCCCACUCCCUGGUGUCACACAACGUGCUGGCUCUCAGGAAGGAACAGCAUGGCUGAGUGCUGUACAGCUGACUCUACUGCUUUGCACACAGCGGUGCUGAGCUUAUUUUGCAUUGCCUAGAAGGUGUUUUGCACCUUCAGUAGUAACUGACUUACACACGUGUGCUUUUGCUGCAAUUAGUGCCUUUGCAAAUCCAUCUAAGCCAUGGAAUAUAGCCCCUGGGCUUGAGAUGGGGUGGGAGAGAAACAUGCACGUCCAUGCCUUCGCAUACCAACUCGGUGUGGGAUGAAGCAGCAUGGGGAUGGAGCCUGCUAACCCACCCACACAAAAUAUUUCUGUGGAGAUCAGUGACUUCCUCGCUAUAUGUAACCCAGGACUGUUAUUGGGCUCAGACAUGGCGAAGUGCUGGAGCACAGUGAGCAGUUUGCUCGAUACACAUGAUCUAGCUUUAGCCAGAGCUUCGUGUAAUUAACUAACUUGCUUUCGUGAUCUGGUUCCUCUGUGCAAGGUAGAGACUGGUUUCAUAGAUUCCAAGGCCAGAAAGGACCAUUGUGAUCAUCUAGUCUGGGCCCCUGUAUUACACAGGCAAGAGAACUUCACCCAGAUAAUUCCUAUAGCAGAUCUUUUAGGGAAAAAAAACAAUCCAAAAGGCUUUCUCAGCUGGUUUGAACAUUUAAACCAUGGUGCUGUUUUAAGCCAGUUGUGAUGAGUCUAAAACUAGAACCAAAUCCUAAUGGAGGUCAGGACACUUUCCAAAUGCCAAGCUAAGCUGCAUUUCUUCCGUGUUGGGUAUCAUUUCCUGGUCUAUCGUUAUCCUUGAGAAAUAAUUCUGUUCAGUCUUUGAGAUGCCAAAGCUGAAACUGCAGUGCAGUUUUCCAUGCAUAAAAGGAAAGUUGAUCAGAUGGCUUAAAAUACAAGGGAGAAGCACAUAAUAGCCUACAGGGAUGUGAGGGCUGCAAACACCAAGAGUACAAGGAAAGUACAAGGACUUUCUCCUAAGGCUGAGCUCCAUCCGUCUGUGGAAUAGCCUCCCAAAGGACAGGCUAGAAGCUGAACCUGUGUGAAACCAGCCUAGCUCAAGUCCUAGAUAAUGCAGUGGAGGGCAACAAGCCUGCAAACUAGCCUCCAAGGGCUGUACUAGAUAAACUAACCUCUGUGCUCUAUGAAAUAUCGGCGCGUCUCAGCUGUAUGGCAUAAAAUAACUUUAGAAACAACUGGCACUGAGGGAGCUAAAAAUCAGCAGCUCCCCUUGCUCCUGUGAACUGGGCCUUGGGGUGGAAAGCUGUGUGUUGGAAAGAACAAGCCCCAAGAUUACUUGAAAUGCAGGAGGCAGGCACCUAGAAAAUCCUGUAUACAGGAAAUGCCAAGUGGUGUUUUAAAUCACAUUAGCUAAUGUUUAAAUAAAACAAACAUUGUUUAAUCUUGA